AUGACUUCCGAGACCCAGAGAGCCCUUCUACAAGUAUGGGCUGACGAUAUUGGUCAUGUCGUUGAUCUCAACAACUCACCCAAAGCCGAGUUCGCGCGCUUGGGAAAGGCGAAAGGAUGGAUUGGUGGAAUUCCGGAUUGGUGCUAUCAUUGGGAAAAGUGCUUCAGCGAGACAUACUCGUGGGGAGUUCACAACAGAUCAGCAACAACGGGUUCGACUGCAGAUGCGGAUCUGGCUAGUCAGACUGACACCCCCGAUCUCACCAAUCACAUGCGAAAACUCUCUGUCAAUUCGGAUGCGUCAUCUUUCUCAGUCAUUUCUCGCACCUCAAGGGCAAACUCUUUUGGUAGUGUAAGGUCGCUGUGCAGUGAUCGGUCUGGUGACGGUGGAUAUCUUCGAAUUUCCGUUGGCUCACUGUCUCGAUCAAUCGCGGACUCACAGUGCACCGCUUUAUCCCUCAACACAGUCAAGUCUCUAGAUGAGCUUUCUGGUGGCGUUGAAAUUCUCAACUACGACCAGAGUAUCUCCAUGGAUGCGGCUACAGAUGACGGUGAUACCGGUUCGAACACUUCAGGUAGGGAAAACCCGGUAUGGAAUGACUUCACCGACUUCGUGCACCACCCAAAUGCUCCCUUCAAGGAGGAGUUCGAACGUCUGGCUCGCAUCAAAGGUUGGGAUCGACGAACCAAACGUCAGAAUCUGAUCACGUUGCUUCGCACUGAAGUCGAGUUCUACUGGAGUUCGAACGAUGUCGAUAAAUUAGAGUGUUAUCAGUACUUAUGUCGAGAGAUGGGUAUUGAGCACAUCCCAUGUACUGUUACACAAGCCAGGAAGUGUCAUUGA